GGAGAGAAAGGUUAUGAAAUGGCCGCUCCUGCUUCCCACAUCGAUCCGUUUACGGUGUUGCUAUGCUUGUUUCGCUAUUUUACAUGGUCGGCCUCGGUCAACGGGCUUCGCGAAAGAAAGCAGACGCUGGAAUCGCGCACAAAACCCUGGAGAAGCUCGCAGGUCAGGCAGAUCUGUGGAAAAGAGUGAACAGUCUACGCUUCGAGCCGAGGCCCUUCUUCAGGACUGGGGAAACAAAGAUGAGAAGACAGAGUCCACCCACCCCCACCCCCAUUCCCAGUCCUGAUGAAACGCCGACUGUGCUCUCUUUGCCACAGACGCUGGGCUCCUCCAGCAUGUUGUGUCUGUUGCUCUGGAUUCCCAGCAGCUGAGUUUCUCGUGUUUGAGGAACUCUGCGGGUCGGGCAAGUGGAGGGAAAUGCCUAGUCGUGGUUUCAGGCCGAGAGCUUCCAUCGCCAGGAAAGAUAGAGGGCGGGCGGGGGACUUCAUUGGAAAGUCGGAAUAUCCGCUGCAUAGUUCGGCUCCUCCCCCCUCCUUUAAGACCGGAUAAAAAGCCCUCGGCUGGGAUCGUUUCUGUGGGAUUAUUGCGUGGCUUGUUGAGAUAGUGCGUCAAACGUUCGUUAAUAUUGCGAAGUGACUUGACAAGAUGAGAGUUCAGGUGAAGUUUAUGACUGGUGAGGCUUUCGAACUUGAUGUCGACCCUUCCUUACAGGUGUCGACUCUCAAGAUGAAAAUCCAGCAAAAGACCAAAGUGCCCACUUUCCAACAGUGUCUGAUGGUACAAAAUGGUCAAAGCGUGGAGAUGCAGGACAACAGAAGCCUAAACUACUACAACCUCAACCCCAGCCCCACCGUGAUGCUGCUGGUCAGGAAAGAGGAACCCAUGCAGAUCUUCCUCCGGAAUGACAAGGGCAAAACAACGACCUAUGAUGUGCUGCCCUCUGAGACGGUGCAAAAUUUUAAAGAGCGGGUCCGUCGGCAGGAGGGGGUCAGACCCGAGCAGCAGCGCCUGGUCUUUGGGAGUAACCAGUUGGAGGAUGGCCAGUUGCUCUCCGACUACAACAUCAAGCCUCAAAGCACCAUCUUUCUGCAACUCCGUCUUCGUGGAGGUUAAUUUAUCCUCUGACAGAAGUAUUAUCAAAAUAAUAAUAUUUAUAUAAUAUAAUAUAUUAUAUAAAAUAA